AUGCCCUUUCCAUAUCAACUUACACCACUUGCAGAUAAGUCAGAAUUACUCAAACAAUACAAGGGGAAGAAGAAGAGUGAAUUGCCAACUCCUUCAUUCAUUGUCAAUCAGAAGACCGCCUCUGAAAACUGUGGAAAUAUGUUGAGAAAUGCACGAGCAAUCAAGGCUAAAUUUCGUGCUCAUGUGAAGACCCACAAGACAUUAGAAGGUGCGCUGUUGCAAUUAGGUGAAGGUGAAUUUUCAACUGACAGAUUGGUUGUGUCAACCUUAAUGGAAUUGUGGAAUUUGCUUCCUCUGGUGGAGCAAGGGUUAGUUUCUGAUAUCUUGUUGAGUUUACCUGUUGUGGAGUCAAGAUUGGAUGAGUUAAAGGAUUUGGUCACGAAAUACCCCCAAUUGAAGCUACGUUUAAUGGUUGACAACUACAGGCAACUAGAAAUCUUAACAAAGUAUACCGAGAAAACCGGUUUAGCUUAUAAAUGGUCUGUUUUCGUUAAAGUCAACAUGGGUACCAAUCGUGCAGGUUUGACCAAAUCUGAUCCAGAACUGGAGGAGAUGAUCAAGCAAUUGGCCACUUCGCAAUCGCAGAUAUCAAAAUACAUUUCUCUUUAUGGAUUUUACUGCCAUGCAGGCCAUGCGUAUGGUUCCAGAUCCAGCGACCAGGCAAGAUCUUAUUUAAUUGAUGAGAUUAGUAACGGUAACGAGGCUUGUAAGAAGGCCAAAGAAAUCAAUCAAUCUUUAGAACUAGUUGUUUCAUUCGGAUCCACACCAACAGCACACUCUUCGUCUCUCUCUGAGGCUGUUUUGAAAGAGAUCGAAUCGAUUGGCGAGCUCCAUGGUGAGUUGGAGUUACAUGCUGGAAACUAUCCAUUCUGUGACUUGCAGCAGGUGGGAACCGGUUGCGUUAGCCCUAAUGGUGUCUCCUGUAGGAUAUUGGCCGAUGUUGUUUCUUCAUAUCCCGAUAGAGGCUCCAAGUUGCCAGGCGAACAGUUGAUCAAUGCCGGAGUCAUUGCAAUGUCGAGAGAAAGCGGCCCUAUUCCUGGAUAUGGCCAAAUCACAUCACCUAGUGGUUACGGCGAUUGGAUCAUUGGCAGGUUAUCCCAAGAACACGGUAUUCUAGUUCCAAGUUCCGAGGACUGUAAACUGUUCCCAUUAAGUACCAGGGUUGAGAUUAUCCCACAACAUAGUUGCAUCACAGCAGCCUCAUAUCCAUGGUACUUUGUUUUCGAUAGCGAUGAUGACGAUGCUACAGUCACAGAUAUUUGGGUACCAUUCAGAGGUUGGUAA